AUGUCGACGACUACCACGACGACGGCUCAGCCGAUCACCACUGAGACCAUUCUCCGCCUCUUCCCCGACAUCGACACGAGGUCGGAAGCUUUGACCGGCCACGAUGAGGAGCAGAUUAGGUUGAUGGACGAGGUCUGCAUCGUGCUGGACGAGAAUGAUUCUCCAAUUGGCACUGCGAGCAAGAAGAUUUGCCAUCUAAUGACCAACAUCGACAAGGGCCUCCUGCACCGCGCCUUCUCCGUGUUCCUUUUCGACGACCAGAACCGUCUCCUCCUGCAGCAGCGAGCCGAAGAGAAAAUCACUUUCGCCGACAUGUGGACCAAUACCUGCUGCUCCCACCCUCUAAACAUUCCCGGUGAAACGGGCUCGACGCUCCCCGAAUCCAUCGAGGGUGCCAAGCGAGCGGCCCAAAGGAAGCUCGAGCACGAGUUGGGCAUCAAGCCCGAGCAGGUGCCUAUCGAGAAGUUUCAUUUCUUGACUCGCAUCCACUAUAAGGCGCCAAGCGAUGGCAAGUGGGGUGAACACGAGAUUGACUACAUCCUCUUCAUCAAGGCCAACGUCGACCUCGAUGUCAAUGCGAAUGAGGUCAAGGCCACGCAAUACGUCACCGCCGACGAGCUCAAGGCCCAAUUCAAGGAUCCCUCCCUCAAGUUCACCCCUUGGUUCAAGCUCAUCUGCGACACGAUGCUGUUCGAGUGGUGGAGCAACAUCGACGGCGAUCUGAGCAAGUACACCAACAACGAGAUCGUAAGGAUGUAA